AUGGCCCUCAAUUGUGCUAUGCUCAACCAGACUCGAGAACCUAUUCCUCUACCCGAUGAAAUGUUCAUCACCACCGUCGAUUCCGGAGCAGAAGUUGUCCUGAACAUCCCAGACAACUCUCCGGACUCUAGCGGAUCCCAGAAGAUGAAGGCGAUAGGAAGACUUUGGGUCACAGAUCAGAGAUUCCUCUUCACAUCGUCCCCGGAUUCUUCGUUCGAUUCUCUCUCAAUUCCACUACCGUCUAUUCUCUCGACUAGGUUCCAUCAACCGACUUUCGGCUCAAACUACUUAUAUUUUGAAAUCAAACCCAGCGAAGGUGGUGGACUCACUAACGGAACUGAUAUUGAGCUUCGGUUCAAGAAUCGUGCGAUGUUCGAGUUUGUGGCGGUAUUGGAAAAGACAAGAGAGAGAGCGAUUUAUAUGAAGCGGCAAGCUGCUCAGGAGGAGGAUGGUCUUCCAACAUAUACCUUGCCGGAAGAAUCGAAUGCUGUAACGAUGGUAAACGGUGUACCAGUCGAAAACCCCCCUGAAUACGGUUCUUCCAACUGA